AUGUUUACAGAAGAGGCAAGACAGCUGUGAUUCAAAACUGAAAACAGAAGAAUGAAAAUAAGAGAUAAAAUACUAAUACAGAAGUACUACUUAUAUGUCUUCAAUGGAAUUUUCUUGGCUCUGGGUCUUAUGCUUUUGACAUUUGGCCUGUGGCUUUUAUUUGACAGAAAUAAUUUAUUCUGUGUGUUAUUUUCUUCAUGUGAGAACCAGCUAGUAUCAUAUAUUUCUUUUAUAUUACUUGGAAUUGGAUCUGUUAUUACUUUUACCUCAGCUGUGGGAUUCUUUGAAAGUGUUAUGGAAAUCAAACAUCUGCUAGUUACAUAUAUGAGUUUUCAAAUCCUGGUGUUUGUUACCCAGAUGGCAAUAUUGGUGCUGUUAUUUGUGAAGAAAGAAGAGGUAUAUAUUUAUGAACCUGUCCAUGAUCAGUGUAACAACAGAACUGAUGAAGUUAUUUCUGAGUACGGAAAGGAGAGUGCUGAGCAGGAACUCAUGUGGAACAUUCUGAACACUGUGCAGCACAAUAUGGAAAGAUACAACGUGACAGAGUGGGAAAGGACUAGAAAUGAAGACAAUAGUACUCAGAUCCGUUCAAGCACAAAAUCCAGUCUGAAGAAAUGGUAUUGUGAUGUCCCAAGGGAUUCAACAUACAGUAUGGCAAGAAUUAAAAAAAUUGUCUUGCAGAAUAUAUUUUUGAUCACACUAACUGGUCAGCUAUUUAGAAACAUCAGAAAGAAUAAUAUUUUGCCAAAUGAAUCAUGA